AUGCCUGGAAAAGUGAAUCUCCCAAACCUUAGCUCUGGGACCCUUCACCAUACUAAGGACAAGGCUAGGACGGCGGUCAACAUCCAUCAGCAGUACUGGAACGAAACUGUUGGGUCAACGCUAAAGAGAUUCCUGGCCAGUUCAGGGUACGACUCCAAAAGUCAAUCCCGCAUCCUCAACCAGUUCUCGAACCUUGUCGCCCCAUCUCUCGGGUCAUCACCCGUGCGGGGAGAGCCAAUAUGGAAGAGCUUUAUGACAGACAAUAACUGCCCAGUAGAGCUAAGCUGGGACUUCCAUACUGGUAACGGCCAGCCAACAAUACGAUAUUCUAUCGAGCCCAUCGGUCUUGCGGCAGGAACAGCUGCAGAUUUACAUAAUGACGAAGCUGCUCCAGACUUCAAAAACCGAGCAAGCGGAGAAUUUCCCGAUAUGGAUACGGCCUUAUUCAAUCACUUUUACAACUUCUUCAAUGGGCGAUGGGGUGACGAUAGGCCAGAGGGCCACCGUAGCACUAUGUUCUGGGCAUUUGACUUGAAAGAGUCCAAUACUACGAACAAGGCAUAUUUCUUCCCAGGUCUUGUUGCCCACGCAACUCACAAGUCAACGCUUGAAGUUGUAGCGGAUGCCAUCACUUCUGCCCCGGGUUGCCGACCGGAGAACAUCAGCUCUUUCGCUAGCUUUGCUAAAUUCAUCCAUGAGCGUCAGUACCUGGGCCUUGAGAUGGAUAUGUUGGCAUUAGACUUGGUUCCCGUUGAAAAGUCAAGACUGAAAAUCUACUUUAGAGACAGGCGAACAGACUUUCGAUCAGUCAAGGAUAUGAUGUCACUGGGAGGCAGGAUACAUGGCGAAGAUUUUGAUGUUGGCAUGAGAAAUUUGAGAAGUCUCUGGGACGCGUUAAUAGGAACGAGUGAAGUGUCUGAUGAUGUUCCUCUACCAUACAAUAACCAUCGGACAGCUGGAGUUCUCUACAACGUCGAAUUCCGCACAAGCAGCACAACACCAAAGGUUAAGGUCUAUAUACCUGUCCGGCACUAUGCGAAGAACGACUCGCAGAUCCUUGACGCCUUGGGAGACUUUUUGGCAGAUCAGACAAGCAAGUUACCAGAUGUCGUGAUCGAUUCACUUUGGACAAAAAGGUAUUCAGAUUGCUUAUACAACAUUUUCGGAGAGGAGAGGCUAUCGAGUAGCGUGGGGGUUCACACGUACGUUGGCUGCUCAAUACAGAGCGAGGGCGACCUUCGUGUAGUGGCUUAUGUUAAUCCUCAACAAUGAUUGUCCCACAAACGGAAUCGUAAGUACUAGGGCCUAGUUAGGAAUGGUGUUAUAGAAGAAUAAAGUUAAGGUGUAAACUGGA